AUGGGAGGUUGCACAGAAGAAUGUCGUCAAAAAUAUAUAAAAGCACUGGAAGAAUUAUCCGAUGCCAUAAAAGCACAUAUUAACUUAAUUAAAUCUUUAAAAAAAAAUGAAGAUGGAACCCUUCCUUCUUUUUAUAUGGGGGAUGUCUAUGCUUGUUGUGAAGGUAACUUAGACCCAAGAAUGAAUUAUAAUCUAAAUAUUCAAGAUUUAUUUAAUGUUAAUUUGCAAGACUUGGAUUUCCCUAAUUUGAAAAAGGGAAAUUCCAAUGAAAAACAAAGGGAAGAAAAUAAAAAUUAA